UGUUGGCCUUCAGCGACAAAUGUGUGUAUUCGAUUGAGAACGCUACGGCCUAACAUGCUAUGAGCCUAUUAGCUUUGGAAUAGUUUGCUGUUGUUGGCUCAUCGAUAUAUUGAUUUGUAUGGUUUUCAUCUAUAACGAGUUGCAUAAAUUUCGCCGUCUACAAUUCUGGACUGCAUCGAAUAAAGUAUUUCAAUAACCAUGAAUCGGCUAUUGUCACUUCAAAAGGUUAGCUCUUCCUUAGUCAGAGUUUCUCAGUCGUCGAUUUGGAAAGGAAGCAUCUUUGAUCCAGUAUGUUCACACAAUUGGGUUUUACACCCAACAAUACGCUGGAAAUCUAAAGGGGCACAUGUGAAAAACGUUAAAAAAUUUGAUCGAAGUGAUAUCACUGCAGAAGUUUUAUCACUUGUAAAAGAGGAUAAAAUGAACAAAGAAUUUCAGAAUAUCUUGUCACGUUUUCAAAACUCCUUAGUCCAGCGUUUAAGUUUAAGAAUGACUCCACAGAUAUUUUUCGAUAUUAUGCUUCCUGAACUAAAUGUAAAACUUGGUCAAGUGGCGAAUAUAAUCCUGCAAAAUAAUAUGCACCAAAACAUAACCUCAAACAAUUCUCAUAACAGAGCAAAUGUAGGGAAUCACUAUCUUCUCGUCGAUCUUACUGGCAGACCUGAACUUUUUGUUCCUGCUCGGAAGGCAGUAAUUUCCUUUUUAGAUCCAUGUAAAGAUGGUUCUGGGGAAAACAGGGUCCAGUCAGUUAAUGAAUGUACAUUUACCAUACAAUUAAAUACUGUUAUUACCCAGGAAUCUCGUCAAAGAGCCCUGCUUCAAGGACAAGAAUUAUUACAUCAGACAAUUCAUGAAAUGGAUAAAAUUUAUCAUGCACAUAAUAAAUUAUUACAUUCUAAAGAAGCCAAAGAAAAGUUAAGUGAAGAUGAUCUAUUCACAGCUCGUGAAUAUCUACGUUCAAUGAUUAAAGAACAACAUAAAUUAGCUGAAGCAAUGUGGUAUCCGAAAAAAUUAGAAUUAGAAGGUGAAAAAUGAUUUGAAUUGUAAAUUAUUUUAUAUUUUCAAACUAGUCUGUACAUAUUUCUCCUAGACUUUUUAUACAUUGUUAUAUGUAUAGUUUGUAGCUUAUAUGAUUGGAUUCUUUAAAAUAGUUUUCUUUUUAAUGUUUUAAAUCUUUUAUUAGUAGUUUUUCAAAUUAAGUAUCCAUGUUUUUUGAUACAGUUUUAUUGUCUAAACUGGAUGAUUUAGUCUUAAAGGUUGUAUUGUUCUUUUGAACAACAUCAUCAGCACAAACUUUACGUAGAAGUUUGAAGUAUUCGAAUUUCUUCACAUACAACUGACAGGCUGUUGUGUCAACCUCAAUCUUGAUUAUAUCUCUUUUUGAUGUUAUUCUUGAUCUUAUAUGUAUCCAUGAUUUUUCUGAUUGGCUAAUAAAUUGGAUGGAUUCCUA